UUCGGCCUCGACGCUUGCAUCGCCUUAAAGGUCCUAUAUUUAUUUGAAUGAGAUAUAUGUAAUCUUGUUUAAAUAAAAUAUGUCCAUUAAUGUUACCGUCAAUGGAAAUCAUUUAAAUAUACGCCGAGGAAGAAUGGUAUUAUCUGAUUUGGAUCAAAUUAAGAAAAAUGAACGUGACCGUCGUCGAAGGUUACGCUUGGAACAGGUACGGCAGCAGUCCAAAGAAAUAUCAGAUAGGCUUUUGGAACGUGCUAAAAACAUAGCUAAGGAGGAACUUAAGAAACUUGAAACUAACGAUAAAUUAAAUUUGAGGCAAAUACAUAACGAAAAGAUCAUGGAAGUGCAACAAAAGUAUCAAGAGGACAUGGCAGAUAUUGGUCAAGCGCAUAUAUCUGCAACUUUAGAACCUGAUUAUAAUGCAAUUAUGAAGGAAAAAGAUAGACAAAAUAAAUUAGCAGCGUUAAAAAGAGGAAAGGAAGCAAUUAAACAAAUGAAAAAUAUACAGCAAGAAUCUGUUCAACAACAACAACAUGAAGAACGUCUACGUCAAGUAAGAGAAGUGGAAAAUCUUAGAUCUACAAUGAUAGCGAAACUUCCUCAAAAAACGAUAUCUGAAAAGGAUACAGUACGUGAUGAUGCGCAGGAGGAAGAAAGUAAACAACAUAAACCUGCUAAGAAAAAAGUGAAGAAAUUUAUUUCUAAAAAAUCACCUGGAAAAAUAACAAAAUCUUACAUAAAAGUUGUCGGAAGCGAUUUAAGGACUCAUUCGUCGCUGUUGAAAUCUAAAACAAAAAAUGAUUCAGUCGUAGAACAACGGUCUAAAACUAGUUUGGAUGCAACACCAUCUGUAGAACAAACUGUGUGCAUAACUCAAUUAGAAAACAACAGACAUUCCGGAGAAGAAGUUUUAAAUGCUUCGACGAAAAAGAAUAAAACAACAAGGUAUAAUCCCGAAGACUAUGCACAAGCAACUUCAAAUUCAACAAAUAGCGACAGCAUUAGUUCAUUUAGCGAUGAUUCGUCAUAUUUUUCUGACAAUAAUGAACAGAGUACUAAAACGAGAACAUCGAAAUACAUUAAAUGCCCAGCGGCCGCUAAAGUACAAUUAUAUGAUCACAGUAAGCAUCAAAGUAAUACGUACGAUAAACCAGUUGGUGUAGUUGAAAAAAUACAUACAUGGAGUGAGCCGAGUGCGAUCGAUUUAGCUCAAACAAUUGAACAAGCGGAAACUGUUGAAACUCAUCUAUUAGAAAGUCGUAAAUAUAACGCACAAAAGCGUGGCGAGGAUGCCGCGUUAAGGGAGAAAGUACGUCGAGAUUAUCAAACGCUCAUGCAGAAUCUAAAUCAACUUGCAAGUGAAGAACGUAAAUUAAAAGCAAGCCAGGUGGAACGUUAUCCGAAAAGUACCCACACGCAAGAGCACAGAAGGAUACUAAGAGACCAGCAUAAAAAGAAACUAAAUCACGCGGUAAGAAGCUUGUUAAGCGAAGAAUGUUUGGAGCAGUGUGUUUCGCAGCCGAUGGAAAGGCAAAUCACUCUUCCCCCAAGAGUAAGUAAUGGAAACGUUGAUGUACAUGGCACCUGGGAAGAGCCGUGCUGCAGUAAACGUGCGGAUGCUAAGAAAAUUUCUCGAAAGAAAUGCGAAGAAGAAGAAGAGUCGCGCGAAGAACAGAUAUUAGAUAUGUUAAAGAAGGUUGAAAGGCAGAAACGAUUAUUAUUACAAGAAUUUGGGGUAGACUUACCGAAUGAUAUUUUUAACGCGUCCAUGAAACCGUUGUUUGAAAAAGAAAAGUCGGUUCAAACUGAAUCUCAAGAAAACGCAAACGUUCCAAAACCUUCAUCACCGGAGAUCAGAGUAAUAAAUGUACCUCAGGAUAAGAAUGACAAAAAAGGUAAGAGUGAUUCUCCUAUAAAGACAGCAGAAAUUGCUGUACAAACUACCACAGGAGAUAAACGUAGUAUAGUUGAAGAUAAAGGGACCCAGGUAGAAUUAACUCAAGAAGACAAAGAUAAAGCUAAAUCCGACACCGAAACAGUUACUAAACAUUAUCCGCUCGAACCAAAAAUUACCGUUAUUACCCACGAAACUGAUAACGAAUCCUCAAGUUCGGUAACUACAAACGCGGUCAUUGAUGCUGAUAAACCAAGUUCAAAAGCAACUCCUAAAAAAACGAAGCGCAGUGUGAAAACGUCCAAACGAGUUCCGUCGAAAACGUUUCAAAAGUCAAGUUCAACGCGUAUAAGUAAAGCUUCACCUUCUCUAAAGAAGUGUCCGAAAUCACGUUAUCCGAAAAAGGCAAAUACUGAAGAUGAGUCUAGCAAUAGAAUCAAGAUGUACGUUGACGAAAAUGGGCUUAACAUAAAAGUGCAACCGCCUCCAGUUACAGAAGUAGCUGUAGAUGUAAGCACGCAAAGUUCCCAAUUAUAUUCGCCAAGUAUCCAAGAACAAUCGACGAGUAAACCACACUGGAUUCAGUCUAGAUCAAGAAUUAAAAUAAGGGACUUUUCGGAUACGUCAACAUCUUUUGCUAGCCCACCGCCGAUCAAACCUAGAGAUAUACUCGAAGCUUUAACUAAUAACAUCUCUAUACUGGAGUUGUUAGAUUCUUCGGUAAACGAAAGCAUGAAGCGUUUGAAAGGAGACAUCAGUCCAGUAUCAACGCCGGAAACUCCUUCGCCACGUACCAUGAGGUUACCUUCGAACAUACCUCAUCCUGAGAAGAUUACAAAAUUGUUAAAGUCAAGAGGUCUUCAGACAAACGAGAGUAAUUCACUGUCGUCUGUUAGAAAUAGCUGUUCAACGUCUACAGAUUUAUCAGACGAACUACCGUCGAAUCAGAAACCUGCUGCAUUACCAAAAUUUCCAGUUUCUUUAGAAUUUUGUCUAUGUAACAAUCCAAACUGUAAUCAGAUGCACGCUAAGUUUGAUGAAAUUCGCAGCUAUGCAUUGAAGAAUUGUCCCCAAAUAUUGCAAAGAUACGAGGAUCUUCAAACUACUUGCGCGGAGAGAAUAAUUUCAUUGACAAAUUUAAUUGAAAAAGUUCGAAACGAGCAGAAAGGUAUGGAAUUUUCUAUAAUCACAGCGGAUGAUACCAGUUUGAUGCAGUUACCUUCCCCAAAAUUCCUGACUAAUGAUCUGCAAAGUGUUCGAAAGCUUGUAGAAAAUAUAGAAGCGGUCCAUAAUCAGCUUGCAAAGACACUGAUAGAAUCCCAAAAGAUUAUUAAAAGUAAAGCGGUUAAAGAUGAGGGUAAUCAAACUAAAGAAAAACAAAUAGUAAUUGUCGAAAAGAGUAAUACGCCGAAGAAAGUAACCGAUCCUGUUGAAUCGAAAGGCGUAUUAAAGGAUAAGGUUAAGCCAAAGAUCAUUCGCGAUGAAAAAGUAAACAUACGACUGGACAGAUUCCAAUUACAAGCCGAACCUGGAACGUCGACGGUAAAAUCAGGUUUUCGACUUGUUUCAAAACAUAACGAGGAAGAAAUGAUAGAGAAGUUAUCGAAAGAAAUUUUGGAGCAAAGCAAAAGUUUUAAUAAUAAUGUAAUGGUAACGAAGGAAGUUAGCAGCUCAAGAAAACAUUCCAUCGAAACUUCAACGGAUGUUACCGAUUCAAAAGAUAAUGCUUCAAUGAAUAAAAGUAAUGAUAGAGUAACAGCACAAUAUUCAACUAAAGAGCAAAAAAAAAACAAAGAUUUUAUUCCGAUACUAACUGAUAUUCCAAAAGUAACGAAAGCAGUAGAUACUACUACAUAUACCAAUGGUAGAAGCAAACCACCAGUCAGCUUAUUUAGUGGUCCAUACAGAGCUGAGAUUGAAUCAUCAGGUCACGAGUUAUCGACGAUAAUUGAAUUUGAUACACCGGAUACUAUAAAUAAAAGUCAGAAUAACGUUAGAAGUCCAUCAUCGACAAAAAGGGUUGCUGAAACACAAGUAAUUAAAAGUACCGAUAUAGCGAAACCAGGGGAAAAUGUUCAUUUACUUAAUCUACGUAAUCAACGCUUAGAGAAAGAGUGUAAUUCUUCGAUUAAAAAAUUCUCUUCAGUGGUCGGUACACAGAAAAUAAAAGAGGUUGAAAUCUUUUCUGAUUCGCCAAAAACGUCUAAAAGUACAGGAGGUAAAGAUGUUAUUCAAGAAACAAGUAACAAAAAAUUACAAUAUAAUAUGGCCAAUCAAGAAUCCUUGCAAAUGGAAGAAUCUGUAGGUACUGAUCCUCCAGCGAACAAGCAUUACAUAAACAACAAAGAUAAAAUCACAUCGACCAGUUCAAAUAGUUUUUCUGAAUUAUCCGGAAUAUCCCAAAUAGCAAGUACACCAUCGUCUACUAUAUUAAAAUAUGCAUCAUCCCCGGAAGAAAUGGAAACAGCUCUUAAGAAACUUGGUCUAGGUUGGGCGAUAACAACAUUAAAGAAAACACGUGAGGCCAGUGCUUUAAGCUCGUCAUCAAAUUCAGAUGUAACACCGAUAAAUACUGCCAAAAGAAUAUCACCGGUUAAAAAACAAUUUGAUAAUAAUUAUGGUUUGCCAGAUAUUAGCGAUGUGUCAUCAAUAUCAAUUAAAGAAGCUAGCAAAAGUACAGAGCAAGCUGUUCUUUUAAAAGGCCGAACUUCCACACCAAAAUUGCAAAAUUCUAAUUCUAACAGCAUAGGGAGUAAUUCGACUAAUACAAAUGUUUCGGAAAAUUUUCAAGAACCUAAUAAUGGUUUGAUCAUUCCUAAUAUAUCUCUUACUAAAACCAAAUCUAACAUUAAGACUUUAGAAAAUGUAUAAUAUAUAUAUAUUUUAUCUAAUCUUUAUUACUAUUUAAGAAUACACAAUAAACUAGAAAAAAAAUUAUUUUAAAUAACCAUGUUGCUUGCAAUUUAUGUUAUAUAUGUUUAGUAAAUAUAACCAAUGUUAAUAUUCUUAUGAUAUUUUAUUUUUAAUAUCUAAUUGUAAUGUAUCCAUUUUAAAAGUAUUUUUAAUAACAAAUUUUCAUUAUCUGACUGACGUGUAGAAUAUGUAUUUUGCUACUGUUCUCUAUGUAAAUAUUGUAUAUUUUUCUAAUAAAGUAAAUUAUUUGUUUUA